AUGUCCGGAAAGAGAGCCUCUUUGCCAUCCGGGGGAGGCGGCCUCCUCCGGGGAAACAGAACCAGGUCUUACGGCAGUUUGAUCCGAUCUCCGCUCUCUCCAGUUCGCCAGAGACGGAUUGAACACACAAUUCAGCCGGGAGAGACCCUGCAAGGUUUGGCCCUGAAAUAUGGAGUGUCUAUGGAGGAAAUCAAAAGAGCAAACAGGCUGUACACCAAUGACUCGAUAUUCCUGAAGAAAUCCCUGUCCAUCCCUGUGCUGUCAGGCCUGGAUGGCGGGAGCAGGGCGGAGGGUUUGUCUGAGGAGGACGGCGAAGAAGCCGCUGCCGACGGUGCUUCUGUUCAAAAUGGCCGCACAAGGAGCCCGUCUGAGAGAAAGCAAGAGGAUGGAAGCGACCGAGUGUCAGACCUCACUCCUGUGGAUUUUUUGAAGAGGCUGGAUGACUUGAUAAGCCAGUCCAAACAGGCUGCUGUGAAAGGAUGCCAGGACUCCGAGAAAAGGGUCUCGGCCCUGGAGGCUGCAUGCUCCAGCGGGGCAUCGGACCGGCGGCCGCUCACAAGGUCCCAGAGUGUUAUUUCAUCCUCCAGAAUUCAGCUGCAGGCGGUGCAUGGGGCCGUACCCCUCACUGUCACCAAACUUACCAGGAAGCUCAGAGACAAGGAAGACGAGAUUUUUGAACUGUGA